AUGAACUACAUACCCUUCCUCUCAGGAGGCAGGUCCUUCAACCCCCGUACCGACAUCCCGUCCUCUGCGAUCCAUGGCAAAACCAUUCUUGUAACGGGCGGAAAUGCCGGCCUGGGCAAGCAAUCCAUCCUGGAAUUCGUCCGCCAGCCCGCGUCCUCUCUCCCUUCGCGCAUCUGGCUCUGCUCCCGCUCCCUCGAGCGCGCCCAAUCCGCCAUCGACGAUAUCUCCGCCGCCGUCCAGGCCUCCGGCGUCAACCCCGACUUCGACGCCUCCUCCAUCAUCAAACCUCUCGAACUCGACCUAACCUCCUUCGCCUCCAUCAAAUCUGCCGCGCGCGUCGUCCUCAAGGAAAGCGACCGCCUCGACAUCCUCAUGCUCAACGCCGGCAUCAUGGCCACCGCCACCGGCGUCACAGCCGAAGGCUACGAGAUCCAGUUCGGGACUAACCACCUCGGUCACGCAUUACUCACCAAGCUUUUGCUCCCCUUGCUUCUCAAAACCGCACGCAGCGCAACAGGGAAUGACCUCCCGCGACCGGCAGAUGGUUCCCCGCCCAUCACCCCCGACGUCCGCGUGGUCAUCCUCUCGUCUGAAGGCCACCGCUUCACACCUUUAUCUGGCAUCAACUUCGACACUUUGAAGAGUAACCAAUCCUCCAUCCUAACCUGGCAACGCUACGGACAAUCCAAGCUCGCCAACAUUUUGUUUGGAAAACAACUGGCCGCUCACUACCCCGAUGAAUUGACGAUUCUGACGCUGCACCCGGGCGCGGUCAACACGCGGCUUUUCCAUCCGUUCCGCGAUAGCGGCUGGGUGGGCUGGGCGGCGACGGGCGUGCUCAAGUUUUUCUUGUCGACGGUGGAGGAUGGAGCGAAGAAUCAGGUUUGGGCGGCGACGGCUCCCAGGGAGCAGGUGGUGGUGCAGGCUGCUGACCCUAGUGGUAAGGAAGGGGGGAAGGGGAGGUGUGGGUAUUUCUUGCCUGUGGGGAAACGGGUGGGGGAAAGUGGGUGGGCGAAGGACGAGGAGCUGGGGAGGAGGUUGUGGGAGUGGACGGAGGGGGAGUUGAAGGGGGUGGAGGUUGAGGAAUGA